AAGAUUAGAUCUGCUUACAGCAAAAGGAGACGGGGAUGUCGGCUGUGCUAGGAGGAGGCAAGGGUAAAGCCCCGACUGGCGGGUUGCUUCCCGUCAAUGGAGGCUCCCAGCAAACGAAAAAACUUGUGAUCAAGCCACUGAAGGUUAAGCCCGAGCUACCAGCGAACUUCGAAGAAGCGACGUGGAGCAAACUAAGGGAUUGCAUAGAUGCGGUGCAUUGCAAGCGCCCCGUGGCAUGUAGCUUGGAGGAGCUGUACACCGCGGUGCAGGACAUGUGCAUGCACAAAAUGGCGGACAAGCUGUACAACCGGUUGCAGCAGGAGUGCGACACCCACAUCCGCGCGCACGUGGGCUCCCUGUCGGACUGCCUCUCCCUGGACUCGCUGCCCUUCCUGGACCGCGUGUCCGCGGUGUGGGGCGACCACUGCAGCUGCAUGCUGCUGACACGCCAGAUCUUCCUCUACCUGGACCGCACCUACGUGCUGCAGCUGGCGGGCGGCGCGGCGCCCGUCAAGAGCAUCUUCGACAUGGGGCUGGCGCUGUUCAGGGGGCACCUGGCCACGCGGCCCGAGAUCAAGCAGCGCACCGUGGAGGGCCUGCUGGAGCUGGUGGCCCGGGAGCGGGGCGGCGAGGCGGUCAACCGGGCGCUGCUCAAGGGGCUGCUGCGCAUGAUGAGCGCGCUGGGGAUAUACGCGGAGGCCUUCCACGAACCCUUCAUGAAGGCCAGCACCCAGUUCUACCGGUCGGAGGGCGAGCGGCUGAUGACGGAGCUGGACGUGCCCGCCUACCUGAAGCACUGCGAGACCCGGCUAUCCGAGGAGUACGAGCGCUGCUCCGAGUACCUGGACGCCUCCUCCCGCCGCCCGCUCAUCUCCGCGGUGGAGGGCGAGCUGCUGGGCCGCCACACCGGGCCGCUGCUGGAGCGCGGGCUGGGGCCGCUGCUGGAGGGGCACCGCGUGGCGGAGCUGGGGCGGCUGCACGCGCUGCUGGGGCGGGUGGGGGCGGGAGAGGCGCUGCGGGCGGCGUUCAGGGAGCACGUGAGGGCCGCCGGGCUGGCGCUGGUGAAGGACGAGGAGAAGGACAAGGAGAUGGUGGAGCGGCUGCUGGAGCUGAAGGCGCGGUUGGACCAGGUGGUGGCGGAGGCGUUCGGGCGCUCCGAGGCGUUCGCGGCCACCCUGAAGGACGCCUUCGAGUACUUCAUCAACCAGCGCGCCAACAAGCCCGCGGAGCUGAUCGCAAAGUUCAUCGAUGCGCG